AUGUGUCGACGUCCAAGAACGUGGAGUGGAAGGAUACCUACGAAGUCAACGACGACGACGAGUCACUCAUCCACCACGCGCGGUCGAUAUCUGGUUUCGACUUACCGGGCGAAACGCAAACUCCAAGGAUGGCACUUCGGCGUGUCCAUAGCCGCUUGGACUGCUUCCAGCGUCUUCCUGCUGAACGUGAUCUUUACGAUUGUAGCUGCCGUGCAGUUUGGGACUUCCGGUGGCGUUGGGACGGCGUUUGAUGGGUCUUGUGAGUAUGUUAACCAUGUCACGACUUGGCUGCAUCUUGUGAUCAACGGUCUGUCUUCGAUAUUGCUCUCGGCGUCCAACUAUACGAUGCAGGCACUAUCAGCCCCUACGAGGCAGGAAGUCGAUCGAGCGCAUAGCAAGGGUGACUGGAUGGAUAUUGGAGUCGCCUCGAUACGCAACCUGUCCAGGAUCAAAUGGCAUCGAGUCGUGGCUUGGUGGGUGCUCGCUGUGUCAAGUGUUCCUAUCCAUCUACUCUACAACUCCGCAGUCUUCAAAUCAAUCGACACGAACCAAUACUGGGUCGUCGUCGCCAACCCUCAAUGGCUCAAAGGCGGCAACUUCUCCAUGGACAUUCCCUGGGCAGGUGCUCCUGCUGAUGCUUACAACAUGACCAUCCCUUAUGACCAAAGCUAUCUCGACGGCCUCCAAGCGAUGUGGGCAAACGCCUCCCAAACCUGGAACGCCACUGCCUACCGCAACAUGUCCAACGCCGAGUGCAUCCAGACCUACGGCCAGAACUUCAUCUCGGGGUUCAAUCAUGUCCUCGCGGUCACCAACGAGGACGGGGACUUCACGAAUGAGACGAUGUUCUACGCUGAGCAGAGCAGCGGCGCCGAAUUUUCCACGCCGAAUUACAUGUGGCUCUGCGCGUCGGAUUAUGACGCCACGAGCUCGCUGACCUGCGAUACGAAGAAGAUCAAAGCCAACGCCGACGAGUGGACGAUCAACGGGAAGAAGAUCGACUAUUGCCUCAGCCAACUCGAACCCUCGCACUGCAGAAUCGGUUUCUCCCUACAGGUCCUCAUCGCGGUGAUCGUUUGCAACGCCCUGAAGAGUGCCGCAAUGUUCUGGACGCUCUACCGCCAGAAAGACGCCACGCUGGUGACAAUCGGAGACGCCAUAGCCAGCUAUCUAGACCAACCGGACGAGCUGACCAAGGGCCGAUGUCUCAUGUCCCGCACCGAUAUCAAAGACUGGAAACUGCAAGGCACGAAAGAUAAACCCAACACGAACCCCUUACCCAAGACAUAUUUCCAAGCCCGCGCCCCACGAUGGUUCGCGGCCGCGAGCUGGAAGCGCUGGAUUACCACGUUCAGCCUCAUCAGCCUCGCGCUGAUCGUGUCGAUUGUGUUGCUCGCUAUGGGCGUGAGCAAUCUCUCGCCGGUGAAUGCGUUCUCGAUCGGCUUCGGGGCGGUGGAUUCGCGGGCUUUGAUCGAGACGGAUUUCCCUCAGGAAGGCGGUGGGGGACUCGUGGCGGCGAUUCUGCUGGCGAAUUGUCCGCAGGCGAUUGUGUCGUUUUUGUAUUUAUUGUAUAAUGGGUUGUUGACGUCGAUGUUGUUGGCGAAGGAAUGGUCCCAAUACGCCCUCACCCGCAAAUCCCUCCGCGUCACAUCCCCCCACGGCUCCCAACGCAGCACCUACUACCUCCAGCUGCCCAUGCGAUACUCCUUCCCCCUCCUCCUCAUCUCCGCCACCCUGCACUGGAUCAUCUCUCAAUCCAUCUUCCUCGCCAUCAUCGUGCAAUACGACGACGGCGUCGAGUCCUCCGACGGAAAUAUCACGCAGGUGGGCUACUCGUGUCCGCCGAUCGUCGUGGCGAUCCUCAUAGGGGUUGUGUUGAGUGUGGGGGCGGUGGGGCUGGGGUGGAGGAGGUUUAAGGGCGGGAUGCCGGUUGUGGGGAGUUGUAGUGUUGCUGUUGCGUCGGCUUGUCAUCGGCCUAAGGGGGAUGGGGAUGCGUCGUAUGUGCCUGUUAAAUGGGGGGAAGUAAGGGAUGUCGGGGAGGGGAUGGGUGGGGAGGAUGUGGGGCAUUGUUGUUUUACGAGUUUGGAGGUGGAGCCGUUGGUUAAGGGGAGGAUGUAUGCUGGGGAGAAGGAGAUGAAUGUACGAUGGAGAGGUAUACGUAGCUCAUGA